AUGCUUUUCCACAUUCAGACUUUGACGAUCGCGUCUCUUUUCUCAACGUUAGCCACCAGCCGGCCCUUUGGUCCUGCGGGCUUGCGUCCUAUGGUCCCCCGGGGCAAGAGUUAUGCGGUGGUCAACGUGGGUGGAGACUCGCCCACGGCGCCUCCACCAGCGACUUCGAUAGUCAAGAUGACAACGACGGUCGAGGUUGUUCAGCCCGGAAAGACGAUCACAAAAGAGGUCACCGCGACCGUCGUCGAGCCAUACCCGGUGGCUGCACCUACCUCAUGCUCAAACUCAAGCAGCAUAUCGAUGUCGUCAAGUUCGGCCUCGUCUUCGGCUCCUUCUCCUUCAACGCCUUGCACAACGCCUUUGCCAACACCCACCAGUGCCCCGGCGGGGUCACCAGCGCAAAACAUAUCAACGCCAAUCGAGACGCCCAAGCCAAUCAUCGUUACCGUCACCGUUUCGGAGGAUGGCCCUACGCAGUACUACGACAAUGGCAUGUGGCAUACCUACUACGAGAUCAAGACGUUCGAUGGUGGCGCAGCAUCGUAG